CAAAAUGGCGGUAAAUUUAAGCACAGUGCUGCUACUAUUCGCAGCGGCGAGUAGCGGAACUGCGACGAGUUUGAUUCGAAAGACUAGACAGGCUGGGCCUGGCAGCAUAUUCACAGUGGGCAAUGGAGAGCAGUGCUUAGGGUCUGAUAGAACAACAGGUGGUGUAUGUUUAUCAAGAAACCAGUGCAACACGCAAGGCGGGAAAGCUAUCGGUUUUUGUGGAGUAUUCGCUACAUGUUGUUCGUUAAAUGCCUGCGAUAUCAGAACAAAUACAAAAGUGGCUGUUUUCAUCAAUCCUCCAUUAAAUAGAGAAUCUUCAGGCCUAGAAUGUUCGUACAACGUGGAGAUAAAUAACAAUAACGUUUGUCAAAUACGUAUCGAUUUUGAAACGUUCAAUUUAGCCCCACCAACUACUGUUGAGGCUGUUGAAAAUGUGACCCACCGACCAGGCUACACUUGCAGAAACGAUAUAUUCCAAGUGACAAAUCUCCACGCAAAUUCUGACAUCCUACCACCUCUCUGUGGUGACAACAAUGGACAACACAUGUACGUAAGAGUGAAUGCAUCGACCAACAGUCGCUCAAUCCGUCUCAACUUCAAGAUAGCGGACCGCAGCACGCAGCCCAACCUGCCGCAGGCUACAUGGAAGAUUAAGGUCACACAACUGGAGUGUUUUAAUACUUUAGGGAAAUAUCGCGAUGGAUUUUUCGAGGCUAUCACAUCUUCGCUUCCCUCCACGCCACUGAUGUCUUCAGCAGACAGAGAUGAAUAUCUUAUUGCGCCCCCGGGUUGCUUGCAAUACUACCCCGAUCGUACGGGUUUCUUCGAAUCGUUUAAUUACAAUCGAGGAGCUGGGCCUUAUAUAGCAAAUUUGGCGUAUGCUACAUGCUUCAAGAGAACUUCUGAUGUUUGCGGUAUUAAACUCACAGCAGCCAGUUUCGAAAUGGCGUAUCGCACUGAAGACAACAUGUACCUAGACACGGACUGUCAGAUGAAUCCUGUGACGCAGGGCUCCAGUCAGUCUGAGGACUAUCUGUUCAUACCUGAGGCUGAGACAGCCGACGGUUUGCGGGGCUCUAAGUACUGUGGGGCUAGCGCUUCGAAUCAGAUCAUAGCUUCAACCCCACCGGGCCCCCUCUACGUGCAUUUCCACAGUGACAAUUUAGUGACCAACGAUGUGCCUGAAUCCGGCUAUCGAUUUAAUUACAACGUACUGAAUAACUGCUACCUUAGAACUAACACUUUCCCCUAAGAGAUGGCGCUGAUAUCGUGCCGAUGUUAUGGAAAUGCUCAAUAGAUGGCGCGUUAGUAAAAUUCUUAUAAAUAAUUACGUAAAAGAAAAUACUCCCAGUGUUGCUAGAUAACGAUCAUAUUAAUUUUAAAUUAUUGUUACUUUUUUAAUUGAAGUCGAUAAUAUCUAGUUGCCUAAGAAUUGUCAAUGUGCCAGUAUUGCCAUAUAUUUUCAUGCUUACGUAAUAGUAAUUACUAAUUACUCAAUAAGUUAUUAAAAGUAAUGACGAGAUCAAUCCGUCUCUUUUACACAUAGGCGGUAUUAUUGCCAUCUCUCUUACUCUCGUGGCGUUUUGUUAAUGGGGCCUAAUAAAAACUGACUGAUCCCAGGCGUGCAUUUAUAGUUUAAGGGAUUUUUUUUUAUUUUUAUAUAUAAAUUAUAAGAAAU